AUGAUACUGACAAACGAUCGGUAAGACACAAACGUUGUGCAACUGGUAUGUGGUACGGGUGGUACGGCAUUUAGAGAUGUAGGCAAGCGUUUAUGCGAUCUAGAGUAAAGUAGGAUUUGUAAUCAGUUUUCGCGUUAAGGAGCUAUAGAAUGGCAGAUUCACAGGAAGAAACCGAAAAUAAAAGAAAACAAUUUGGUAACAGGAUGCUCACAGACCCAAAAAAUGUCUUUGAACAUAAUGCUUGGGACAAUGUUGUGUGGGAUGAAGAUCAGGAGAGACAAGCUAGAUCAAAAACUGAAGAGCAGUUAGCCAACCCUGCUGCUAAAGACGAUAUUGAACGAUUUGAGAAUGAUGCUAACGAAUACUGGAACAAAUUUUAUGGAAUACAUGAAAACAAAUUUUUCAAGGACAGACACUGGCUGUUCACGGAGUUCCCAGAACUGGCUCCUGAAUCCUACCUCUCUCCUGACAAAUUGUCAGAACUAUCUCUCAGUGUGAAUGAGCAAUUGUCAGAACUAUCUCCCAGUGUAAAUGAGAAAAAGGUGCCAGAAACGAGAAAAGAUAAUGAAGUACUUAAUUCUGAGUCAGCUGAACACAGUUCUAAAAUAUUAACUGACAGUGGUCAGACUUUGUCAGUAGAUGGAUCGCAGAAUUUGUCAGAACUGGAUGACAAAAGGCAACAAAAAAAUCAUGGUGAGAGUUGUUUAAAUGAAGCAGUCACUAACAAUAAAAAAGGAGAUAAUGAUACAAGUGAGUGUAAGUUGGAAACAUUUCCAGGAGAGAGUGCCAAGUACAGGAUGUUUGAGGUUGGAUGUGGAGUGGGUAAUACAGUGUUUCCUAUACUGCAGGCUAACAAUGACCCUGACCUGAUGGUAUACUGCUGUGACUACUCAUCAACUGCCAUUGAUCUUGUCAAGGAGAACAAGGACUAUGAUGGAAGACGUUGUCAUGCAUUUGUCUGUGAUAUAUCUGACCCAGAAGCUACAGUUCCGUUCCCUGACAGAAGCCUUGACAUCAUCAUCAUGAUCUUUAUCCUGUCUGCAAACAAUCCAGACAAAUUUCAGGCAAUAGUGAACAGACUGGCAAGCUUUCUUCGACCAGGAGGAAUGAUUUUGUUCAGGGAUUAUGGCAGAUACGAUCUCGCUCAACUCAGGUUUAAGAAAGGCAGAUGUCUAGCAGAAAAUUUCUAUGCCAGGGGAGAUGGUACCAGGGUGUAUUUCUUUACACAAGCACGUCGGCAGUGAAGCUACAUGUAGCCAUUUAUGGAAGAGAUGAUUGAAAACGGUCAAUUACGAUAUUUAAUUUAAAAGGUUGUAAUCAUUUAAAAUGUAGAUUGAUUAUCGCACAUUUUUAGCGCGCUCAUUAGGCCUUUAGAAAGUAAAUAUUGAAUACAUGUUUGCCCUUUGCUGAUUGCGACCAGUCAAUGAAAAUUGACCAAACUCGAAACAUUUUAUAUCAGUUUUAUCUACAAGAUUUAUUUUUAUUCCUUUAUGGAUUCCAUUUAUUAAAAUAAUGAGAUAAACUUGAGAAUGAUACUAAAUUCAGUAAAAUCAAUUUAUAAUUACGAAGUUAUACUUUCCAAGCACAUGACGCACCAAUGCAGAAGUCACCGCCAUCUUGAACAUUUCAGAACAUAGAUUCUACAUUCAUAUGUCAUUUAAAUCACUAUUAUCAGUCAUGGGUGUAACUGUUUCAAGUUAUCGCAGUUUAUAACCAAUUUGAGUUAUUGCUUAUACUUUCAUAACUUGUUUCAGUUAUCAUAAAAUAUUACAAAACUCUCCUGUGCCUAUUCCUUAUUUUGAAUGAGACUAAUGCAAUUAUUUCCUGAAUCCUUGAACUUCUAUCUUUCCAGCUAUGCAGUAAAAAAAUUUACGCAAGGCUGAUAAAGUCUUACGCAAAAGGUUUAAAGCUAUAAAACUCUUAACAUCCUACUGUGCUUAUCAGACCAUGAUCAGACUAAAAGAGAAUUUGAUUAACUACAGUUUGCUACUAAUUGCAGUUUAAAGAUCACUUUGUGAGAACAGCAAAAGGACUUUUUUUUAACAACUUACCCGAGUUAACUA